GGAUGUCAGGCCUCCAAAAGGAGCACAGUGGAAGCCAGGGCCUCCCCGAGCCGCUGCUGUGACGGCCAGUGAGCGCGCCGCGGAGGAUGUCCACCACGACGACAGUCGCCCCCACGGGGAUCUCGGCGGCCCCAGGCCCGGUCAACCCACCCCCGCCGGAGGUCUCCAACCCCGCCAAGCCCGGCCGCAAGACCAACCAGCUGCAGUAUAUGCAGAAUGUGGUGGUGAAGACGCUCUGGAAACACCAGUUCGCCUGGCCCUUCUACCAGCCCGUGGAUGCAAUCAAGCUGAACCUGCCCGAUUAUCAUAAAAUCAUAAAAAACCCGAUGGACAUGGGGACUAUUAAGAAGAGACUAGAGAAUAAUUACUACUGGAGCGCGAGUGAGUGUAUGCAGGACUUCAACACCAUGUUUACAAAUUGUUACAUUUAUAACAAGCCCACAGAUGACAUAGUGCUAAUGGCCCAAGCCUUAGAGAAAAUUUUUCUGCAGAAAGUGGCCCAGAUGCCCCAGGAGGAAGUUGAAUUAUUACCCCCUGCUCCGAAGGGCAAAGGCCGGAAACCGGCUGCAGGAACCCAGAGUGCAGGUACGCAGCAAGUGGCGGCUGUGUCCUCUGUCUCCCCAGCAACCCCCUUCCAGAGUGUCCCCCCCGCUGUCUCCCAGACGCCUGUCAUCGCUGCCACCCCAGUGCCAACCAUCACUGCAAACAUCACGUCGGUCCCCGUUCCCCCGGCCGCUGCCCCGCCUCCUCCCUCGGCGCCCAUCAUCCCCGUGGUCCCUCCCACACCGCCUGUAGUCAAGAAAAAGGGCGUGAAGCGGAAAGCAGACACCACGACGCCCACGACGUCCGCCAUCACCGCCAGCCGGAGCGAGUCGCCCCCGCCGCUGUCAGACCCCAAGCAGGCCAAGGUGGUGGCACGGCGGGAGAGUGGGGGCCGCCCCAUCAAGCCGCCCAAGAAGGACCUGGAGGACGGCGAGGUGCCGCAGCACGCGGGCAAGAGGGGCAAGCUGUCGGAACACCUGCGGCACUGCGACAGCAUCCUCAAGGAGAUGCUGUCCAAGAAGCACGCGGCCUACGCCUGGCCCUUCUACAAGCCGGUGGACGCCGAGGCCCUGGAGCUGCACGACUACCACGACAUCGUCAAGCACCCGAUGGACCUCAGCACCGUCAAGAAGAAGAUGGACAGCCGCGAGUACCCCGAUGCUCAGGGCUUCGCUGCCGACGUCCGGUUGAUGUUCUCCAACUGUUACAAGUACAACCCCCCGGACCACGAGGUGGUGGCCAUGGCCAGGAAGCUCCAGGACGUGUUUGAGAUGCGGUUUGCCAAGAUGCCUGACGAGCCUGUGGAGGCGCCGGCGCUGCCCGCCCCCGCGGCCCCCGUGCUGAGCAAAGGCGCGGAGAGCAGCCGCAGCAGUGAGGAGAGCUCCUCGGACUCGGGCAGCUCCGACUCGGAGGAGGAGCGGGCCACGCGGCUGGCCGAGCUGCAGGAGCAGCUGAAGGCUGUGCACGAGCAGCUGGCCGCCCUGUCGCAGGCGCCCGUGAACAAGCCCAAGAGGAGGAAGGAGAAGAGGGAGAAGGAGAAGAAGAGGAAGGACAAGGACAAGGAGAGGCACAAGGCCAAGUCCGAGGACGAGAAGAAGGCCAAGGCGGCCCCACCGGCCAAGCCGGCCCAGCCGAAGAAGGCGCCUGCCAAGAAGGCCAGCAGCACGGCCGCGGCCAGCAGGCAGCCGAAGAAGGGCGGCAAGCAGGCAUCAGCCUCCUACGACUCGGAGGAGGAGGAAGAGGGCCUGCCCAUGAGCUACGACGAGAAACGCCAGCUCAGCCUGGACAUCAACCGGUUGCCCGGGGAGAAGCUGGGCCGGGUGGUGCACAUCAUCCAGUCCCGGGAGCCCUCGCUCAGGGACUCCAAUCCCGACGAGAUCGAGAUUGACUUUGAGACUCUGAAACCCACCACUUUGCGGGAGCUAGAGAGAUACGUCAAGUCUUGUUUACAGAAAAAGCAAAGGAAGCCAUUCUCCACGAGCGGGAAGAAGCAGGCAGCCAAGUCGAAGGAGGAGUUAGCUCAGGAAAAGAAGAAGGAGUUAGAGAAGCGGCUGCAGGACGUGAGCGGGCAGCUGAGCAACAACAAGAAGCCGGCCAAGAAAGAGAAAGCGGGCUCCGCGCCCUCGGGAGGGCCGUCCCGGCUCAGCAGCAGCAGCUCCUCCGGGUCCGGGAGCAGCAGUUCCAGCGGAUCCAGCUCGGACAGCAGCGACUCGGAAUGAGCUCUGCCCUCGGAGCAGAACAGAACCAGCGACGUCGCACACGCCGAAACUCUGCAGUGUUCCCUUCUCUGGUUAAUAUACUACUUUCGUUCCACGGUGUGCAGGUUUUCUUUUUAACUCAGUGUUAUGGUAUCUUCCAGUUUUUGCUUUAAUAGGUCAAAGAUCUUUCUCGUGUGUCUGUGAGGCUUUAUGAGCAGGGGUGAGACCGCGUAAAGUCCUUUCUUCGUAACUGAGAUCAGUUGCUUGGAGAUGGCAACUCGCAACGCUGACCUGAUGACCAUAGAAAACCAUGUCGAUGGGAUCUGAAGUUUCUUGCAAAAACCCCUUUCUUAGGCCGACCUGGUCUGUAGCUCCAGAAAGAAUUGUUGGAAGUUUCUCUGAGAUGGUAUCAUACUGAAGGCUGUCAGCUUUGCGAAUGGGUGUUGUCUCUGCCCUUGGACUCCCCGUGCUCAGCCCUGCUGCCAGCCAGGCUUGCCUCUUGCUGCGGGGGAGCCGAAGGUGUGGGGGCGGGGCCCGUGGGCUCCAGUCCGGGCUUCUGCAGGGGAGGGUUGGGGAGAGGCAGGAGGGCGCAGAGGGAGGGGCGUCAGGAGCUCCCGGGAGGGAACACGGGGGCCGCCUGUGCCACACGCAGCUUUCCAUACACUGAAACUUUUACCUCAACUUAAAAAAAAAAGGAAAAAAAAGAAAAAAAAA